AUGGCCUUAGCAAACAUCCUACAUAUGAAUACUGGAGACGGAGAAUUAAGCUAUGCCAACAACUCCUUGCUUCAGGAAACCGCGAUACGGAAAGUUAUACCAUUUAUAAAGCAUUCAAUCAAAGGUAUAGCAAAUUGUGACAUCUUCAAAGAUUGUAUCACUGUUGCAGAUUUAGGAUGCUCAUCUGGCCCUAAUACACUGUUGGUCGCGUCUAAUAUCAUUGAUAUAGUGCAUGAGGUGUGCAAAGAAAAUAAUCGUAAAGCACCACAGUUUCAAGUGUGCUUAAAUGAUCUCUUUGGAAAUGAUUUUAAUACUCUUUUCAAACUAUUACCGGAUUUUUAUGCAAAGAUUAAGGACAAAGGAGAAAGUUUUGGCCCUUGUUUUGUUUCUGCUGUUCCGGGUUCUUUCUAUGGUAGACUCUUCCGCGACCAAAGUCUGCACUUUGUUCAUUCAGCUAAUUGUAAUAGUUGGCUUUCUCAGAUGCCUCAAGGCCUAGAAAAUAAUGGAUCAAACAUAUACAUGGCGAAAACAAGUCCUCCAAAUGUAUUUCACGCAUAUGGAAAACAAUUUAGUAUUGAUUUCACAAAGUUUUUACAAAUGCGCUCUGAGGAAGUAGUAUGUGGUGGAAGCAUGGUUUUAACAUUCCCUGCUCGGAGUAUAGUUAAUCCAACUUCAGAUGAUAGUUGUGCAUUUUGGGAGCUACUCGGACAAUCACUCAUCGACAUGCUCAAAGAGGGGUUGGUACAGGGAUCAAAUCUUAACUCAUUCAACAUUCCAUUGUAUUUUCCAUGUGAGGAUGAAGUUAGGAACGCUAUUGAAUAUGAGGGAUCAUUUUCUCUUAAAAACUUGAAUGUUUUUAAACUCAACUUGGAUCCACAUGACACUGAUUACAUAAACAUGAAUGAUUCUAAUGAGCUUAGUCAAAUCCAUGGGAAAAACACAUCAAACAUGCUUAGGGUGGCUCUUGAACCGUUGUUGGUUUCACAUUUCGGAAGUUCCAUCAUUGAUGUGUUAUUUAAGAAGUUUGAGAAGCAUGUUGCCGAAUAUCUCUUUAAAAAGAAAAUAAGACACUUUUUUGUAACCAUAACAUUGACCAAAAAAUGAAUUGCCCGUGUUCAAAAUAAUCUUUAGUGGUUAUUUUAAGUUUCCUGAGUUGAUCAUAUAUAAAUUCUUGUCAUUGUAUACAUUAUAUGAACCAUCUAUAUAUGAAGAAUUAUAAAGGGAGGGUUAUUUGGUUAA